AUGGGUUCAAGAGCGGCAUGGCAUGGCACGCGAAUCAUACUUCGACAAGUCUCACCAGAAUCUAUUUACAUAUUUGACUUUUUACUGGAAAUAUACAGUAAUUGUUCAGGCGACUGGCAGAGUCUGGCAAGUGAAUUUGACAUCAGUUUAGGGGAGGUUGAUGCAUUCCUUGAAUACGCCGCGUCCUUCUUGUCGAAUAUUGGGAAUUAUUAUGUCUGUCUUGCAUCUACAUUAAACUAUUCUACUAGCUGAUUAUACGUAGGGUUCCGGUGAUCAGAAAUUCAUUCCGGUCGUGGGACCUGAGUUCUUCAAUAAGCUCACUGCAAAAUCCUCCAAAUUGAAACAACUUUACGAAAAGGUUGCCCAGCCGAUACUAUCUUUGCCACCUUUCAGUCUCGGAUUCCCAAGCAAGCUCACGCAGAGCUCAUAUUACCCUGAAUCUCUCACCAUCACUAGAGAAGAGAUUACUGCCAUAUCAAAAGCACUAGAAGAACGUUCAGUCUUUCCGGAAAAUAUAAGAAUCCAGAAAGUCGAGACAACGGAUCGUGCUAUUUUCAAAGUCUUGCAAGCUUCAGUAGACAAAGAGGAACAUCGUGAAGAGUUUCUCUUACCAGAUGGUAAGGGUUCUGUACGCAUAUUUCGUGGAGAUCAUUCUGAAGAGUUGGAAAAAAUCUCUUCCUGUCUCACAGAAGCAUCUAAAUACUCCGCAAACGAAAUUCAGCGAAGGUUCUUGGCGGAAUAUGUAAAGAGCUUUCGGACAGGCAAUUUAGGUACUUACCGCGACUCACAGAGAACCUGGAUUAGAGACACCAAGCCGAGUCGAGAAUAUCUUUGGUUUCGUUGAACCCUACCGAGACCCACAUGGGAUCAGAGCAGAGUUCGAAGGUUUGGUAGCCAUAUCUGAUCCAAACGAAACAAAGAUCCUAAUAGAAAUUGUCGAGAGCUCUGCGAAAUUUAUUAAGAGGCUUCCUUGGGCGAACAGUAAUUCACCUGAAAAUAACGGCGAGGGACCUUUUGAAAAGGCACUUUUCGAUCCACCGGACUUUUCAAGCAUCCAUGGUAAGUGCGCGCAAAAAGGCAUUUACCAGGCUAACAAUGGAAGCAUUGGCGUAUUGUUCAAGUAUAAUAUUUCCAGGAAUCAAUCUUCCCAAUGUGUGCUAUUUUUGAAUCACCUCAUUAGAAUGCAGUGCUAAUGGGUGUUAGUACAACGAUAUUCGUCAAGAAUGUGGCUUCAAAAAUGUCAUUAUCGCUAAUCGCAUGAGUGCAGUAGGCAGCAAAACAGAACUCUGUCCUUUUAUCGAUAGCUGCGAAGCCGAGAGAUUUCAAAAACACAAGUACCCAGCAUACUACUAGUGGGUUGUCCUUCACGAGCUGUUGGGCUAUGGGACUGGAAAACUCAUGUGUCAAGAAAAUGACGGGAGGUUCAAUUUCGACAUCAACAAUCCACCAAUUGAUCCCAUCACUGAGAAGCCGAUUUCUAGUUGGUACAAAGCUGGUCAAACCUGGACUGGCCAGUUUGGGGAUUAAGCCACAACUGUUGAUGAAUGUCGAGCAGAGCCUGUGGGUGCAUAUUUGUUGGAUGACAAGGAGCUGCUUGCGUUUCUCGGAUUCGCUGAUGAGUCUGAAAUCACUGCUGAAGACUGUAAGCAUAUAAACCAAAUCAUCUGAUGUCUUAAUACUCAUAGCCCUUUCAGUCACAUAUAAUCUUUAUCUCCAGCUAGGAGUCCAUGGCCUCCGAGGUUUACAAAACUUAAACAUAGAUGAUGCGGUAAGUGCAUAGUCCACCACUGAAAUGAACGUUGGCUCUGAUAUUACAUUCUUUUGGAAAUGGGGACAGGCACACAGCAGAGUAUGAACCCAACUUCAAGGCUUUUUUCAUUUGUGAGAUUCAAGCAGAUCAAUGACACCUUGUAGGCCCAUUUCGCCAUGUUGAAGUGUUUACUUCUAGACGGUGGUGGUUUUAUGACCAUCGAAUGCGAUCUUGCGACAGAGCGACUUAUUGUCCGAGUUCAUCGAUCCAAGUUCGUCAGCCAUGGUAAACCGGCACUAGGGCAGAUGCUUUUGAGACUACACAUGUAUAGAUCCACCGCCGAUGUUGUUUCUUGCCGCUCUUAUUACGAAGAACUUUCGCGCGUAGGUAAAGAGCAUCUCGUGUGGCGCAAGAUUGUUUUAGCGAAAAAGCAACCAAAAUGGGUUUUUGUGCAAGCGAACACUUUCUAGGAUGGAGAAAAUGUGGCCAUAAAAGAUUACGAAGCAAGUGCCAAGGGUGUUGUCCAAAGUUGGGCAGAACGGAAUGUCUAA